GAAACAAGUCAUCAUUCGUGUCUCAACUUCGACCUAGCUCGAUUCAACAUGCAAGUUCUCAUCAUCGCCUCGUUUGUCGGCUUCGCCGCUGCAGCUCUCCUGCCAAGCUAUGACUCGAACCGCCCACAAGCCAGCUUAGAGAAGAAUGCGCGAAUCAUCGCUCUAGACUCCGAUGUUAAAGAGGAUUCCUACAGGUGGAACUAUGAAACCGAAAACGGCAUUAAAGCUGAAGAGCAGGGUCGUGAGGCCGAUGGUAUCGAAGCUCAAGGUGCCUUCCAAUACACCGGUGAUGAUGGUCAGGUCUACUCCGUGAGCUACCUUGCCAACCAGGGUGGUUUCCAACCCCAGGGCGCUCACUUCCCCACCCCUCCUCCUACACCUGAAGCCAUCCUUAAGGCUUUGGAACAGAACGCUCGUGAUGAGGCAGCUGGUAUCAUCGAUGACGGUCAAUACAACGCUGCUAAAUACGGUGCUGCUCCAGCUGCUCCCGCCUACCAACAGAACUACGCUCGUGCCCAGGCCUCAGCUGGAUUCAAACGUUUCUAAACUAAUUAAGCUCAAAACCUAUACAUUAGAUACUAUGUGGUAUUACUUUUAUACAUUUCAAUAUUCUAUGUCUGUCUAACUGUCAAAUGAUCGUGACAACUUCAACUGUCACUCGAUUUUGACAGCUGACAAUUAUAUGAAUUAAGAAAUUUUUAAUUGUAGGGUUCUGUGGUACUUUUGUAAUUAUCUGUUUAUAAUCUACUUGAUCUCUCAUUCCUCUUCUCAACUGAAUACUCGUUUCCCAAGCUCAUGAUAACCCAGAUACUAUAUUUCCACUUUUUUUAUCUUAUUUCACAAAUUAACAAGGAUUACACAUAUUAUCUAAAUGUAAAAGAGGCUUCCCAAUCGUGAUAUUUCAAUUAUAAUUAAAAUGUGAUAGAAAAUAAUCUUACUCUACUAGUAUACUCUAUAGUAGUCAUUGAUCCAGUGAUCGAAAUAAUAUUUAUUCUAUGAAUAAAAUCAAUUUCUUU